AUGUGGCUCGCUGUGCGAAGUCCAAGGAUAGGGGCAGAGGCAGAGGAGGCAGCCCGGAAAGCUACUGCAGAAGAAGCUGCUGGAGAUGUUGCUGUUGAAAAGGAAGCCGCGAGAACAGCCGCUGCAGAGGCAGCCAGUCUGGCUGAAGAGGAAGAGGCCGCUGGACAAGCUGCUGAAGAAGAGGCAGCGCGAAAACUUGCCGAUGAGGCAGCCGCUGCAGAAGCGGCGCAAAUGGCUGAAGAGGAAGAGGUCGCUCGUAAAGCUGCUGAAGAAGAGGCGGCGAGAAAACUUGCUGACACUGAAGAGGCAGUGGCUGCAGAAGCAGCAAGAAUAGCUGAAGCGGAAGAGGCCGCUCGACAAGCUGCUGAGGAAGAGGCCGCUCGACAAGCUGCUGACGAGGCAGCCAGCGCAGAAGCAGCGAGAAUGGCUGAAGAGGAAGAGGCCGCUCGAAAAGCUGCUGAAGAAGAGGCGGCGAGACAACUUGCUGAAGAGGCAGCCGCUGCAGAAGCAGCAAGAAUAGCUGCAGAGGAAGAGGCCGCUCGACAAGCUGCUGAGGAAGAGGCGGCCAGAAAAGCAGAAGAGGCGAGAAUGGCUGAAGAGGAAGAGGCCGCUCGAAAAGCUGCUGAAGAAGAGGCGGCGAGAAAACUUGCUGAAGAGGCAGCCGCUGCAGAAGAAGCGAGAAUAGCUGAAGAGGAAGAGGCCGCUCGACAAGCUGCUGAGGAAGAGGCCGCUCGACAAGCUGAUGACGAGGCAGCCGCCGCAGAAGCAGCGAGAAUGGCUGAAGAGGAAGAGGCUGCUCGAAAAGCUUCUGAAGAAGAGGCGGCGAGAAAACUUGCUGAAGAGGCAGCCGCUGCCGAAGCAGCGAGAAUAGCUGAAGAGGAAGAGGCCGCUCGAAAAACUGCUGAAGAAGAGGCGGCCAGAAAACUUGCUGAAGAGACAUCCGCGGCAGAAGCGGCGCGAAUAGCUGAAGAGGAAGAGGCCGCUCGAAAAGCUGCUGAAGAAGAGGCGGCGAGAAAACUUGCUGAAGAGGCAGCCGCUGCAGAAGCAGCGAGAAUGGCUGAAGAGGAAGAGGCUGCUCGACAAGCUGCCGAAGAAGAGGCGGCGAGAAAACUAGCUGACGAGGCAGCCGGAGCUGAAGCUGCGCGAAUGGCUGAAGAGGAAGAGGCCGCUCGAAAAGCUGCUGAAGAAGAGGCGGCGAGAAAACUUGCUGAAGAGGCAGCGGCUGCAGAAGCUGGGAGAAUAGCUGAAGAGGAAGAGGCCGCUCGAAAAGCUGCUGAAGAAGAGGCGGCGAGAAAACUUGCUGACGAGGCAGCCGCCACAGAAGCAGCGCGAAUGGCUGAAGAGGAAGAGGCCGCUCGACAAGCUGCUGAAGAAGAGGCGGCGAGAAAACUUGCUGAAGAGGCAGCCGCUGCAGAAGCGGCGCGAAUGGCUGAAGAGGAAGAGGCCGCUCGAAAAGCUGCUGAAGAAGAGGCGGCGAGACAACUUGCUGAAGAGGCAGCCGCUGCAGAAGCAGCAAGAAUAGCUGAAGAGGAAGAGGUGUGGAUGGGUGGGUGGAUGCUGGCUGGGUGGUUUGACCCAAGAUCAUAUUUGGAGCAUGCAUAUGCAGUUUGCCGUGGCAAGGCUCUCUGGAAGCGAAACUCUAACCCGGAGCCUUCGACGGUAGAUCCCCCGCCGCUAAUCUCAGAACUGGUCUACGUCAGUGAGUUGGCCGCGAUUUCUCCUGGCCCUGCCGUACUCGUGGCCACAGAUGUGGCAGCUCGAGGUGAGGAGAUGAAGUUCAAAGCAGAGAACUUGGCCGAACCCCCUGAAAAGCCCGAGGAGCCCGUCAGUGCGGACUGGCUGCGUCGAGGAGUUCAGGCGGCGGUGAAAGAUGUGCCAGAGCACGAGGGCCAGGUCGUCCGGGUGGUGUCCAUUAACGGCGAUACCGGCCAGUGCAAGUGCGUCCUGCGCUCUACAAACGAGGCUAUCGAGGUCUCUCGCAAGAACCUCCGGCCCCUGGCCGGCGCUGCAACCGUCGCCGCACCAGAGCCGAAGGCUCCAGCACCCAAGAAGCCCACGGCCGGUACGGACUGGGCAGCGGUGGAGCUGGAACGCAGAAGGCUGGCCGAGGGCUUUCGGUCGGGUUUCGAGGAAGGCGCCACUGUGUGUUUGGAAGGGCUGCAGUCGAUGCCGGAGCUCAACGGCAAAAACGGCAAGCUCCUCGACUGGGAUGGUCAGGCCAUGCGUUGGCGGGUCCUUGUCGAAGACGGUAUUGGCAUCAAGCCGCCGGCCUGCAGAGCUUGA